GCUUCAUCUAUACUAAAGAGUACUCAAAUGCAAUCAAUAUAUUAACAGUAAACUUGAAUUCAGUUAGAUUUUUUAAAAAAACGCACAUCAAAAGAUUUUAGCUAGGAUUACAGGUGACAUGUAAUCAAGGAUACAGAAUGUUAACAAAUUUUCAAUUCAGCAAAUCUUUGUAUACAAAAUUUAAGAGAUUCAACUUUCACAAUAUUGCAAGUUUCAGGUACCUUAAUCCCACAAGUUACAUUAUAAACUUGGACCAACACAGAGUUUCUUCCAAUUUAAGUUAAAUUUAAUCCCAGUUAAUUCCAGAUGUGUACCAUGUCAUUUGUGUACAACACUCCUUUUAAACUUUUUGAUCCAUGCCAAGUUUUAUAGAAACGUUUUUAAAGACUUGCUUUUUUAAUUCAUUGUUUGUUAUUAUUAUUUUAUUUUCGUAUGUGGUUGCUUUCUGUUGUUGAUGUGCCAGAUAUACAGUGUAAAAUGUGACAGGACGUACUACAGGUUCCUUUUUUUCCAGGCUUGGAAAUGGACAUAGAUCCUUGAAAUAUAGAUUAAUUUCAUCAUUCAAUAUGUAUUAGCUUUAUUUUAGUUGAAACUGUCUUCAGUUCUUCAUAUAGAUAUGAAUUCAGUUUAAAUUUUACAUUAUUUUUAUGGUCUAUUUUGCCAAGGAACCUAAACUGGUUUUGAAAAGUUUUUAAAACUGGUUUUGGUUCGAGAAAUGUUGCAUUAUCCAAGGCUCUUUCAAAUAGUAGUAUUUCUUCAGAUUUACUUUACAUUAAUGCUAAAAAAUUUAUUAGUGAGAUAUGCUAACAAUUGUUUUAAUAUCUUGAAAAGAAAGGACAAUUCUUUUGAUAGAUAAGUUCAAGUUUUCAUUUCGCAUCAAAUGACUUGAAAAGAAUUGAUUUAGCCAGAAAUUCUGUUUAUAUACAUGAUUCUGUUAGAGAUAUUAUAGCCAUUUGAAACAAAAAAGUAUUAUUAUUUGAAAGAGAAAUGAUUUUAAUGAACAAAACACAACCAGAAUAUCUUGUUUGUAGACAGACAUCUUGAAAUGAUGAAAGGAUUGUUAAAAUAUCCGAACAAUCUUCCAUCAUGAAAAUAAUAUAGAUUGUCAACAUUUUCACAAAGUCGAAUAGAUUCCUAACUCAACAGACAAGGACAAAUGUAUUCAAUCCCAAAAUUACCAAAAUCCCUGAAUGGUAGCCAAUUUAAAAUAUUUGAACAAAUAUCUUCUUGAGUUGAACAUUUUCAAAAAGCGUAAAUCAAAUGUUUACAUUUAAAUAGCAAAUUAGAAUUUCGAUUGGAACAAACUAAGUACAAACCUAGCAAUAAAACUUGUGAGAAACAAUACAUACCCUUUUUAGUGAAAUCACUAAAGAAGUUAUGGUGGAUUUUGUGAACAGAAAAUGUUGACUUUGAAAUCUCGGGAUGUUUGUCUACAGAAAGAUUUUGGUUCCAUCUGGAAGCCAUCCCUGAAUCGGGAAGCGAAGGAGUUUUUUGUGUGAAAUGAGUUUUUUUGUGAAGAAGUUACGACAAAAUAUUCAUUCUAAAGAACAUGGUUCAAAUAAACAAGUAGCAUCCAAGUCAUGUGCUCUGUCACUAGUUAGACAACUGUAUCAUAUGAAAGUUAUAGAAGCUUAUACAGGGGAGAAACGAAAGAAAGAUGCAGAACAGAUUCCACCAUAUGAAGUUGUGUCAACAGAGGAAUUAGAACAACAAGUGGAUGAAGUUUUAAGAAAAUGGAGUAUAGAUCCAACGACACAGCAGGGACAUGGUAAUAAUGAGGAAGGAACAGGAAUGUCUCUCUUGUGUCCUCUUUCUUUAGAUGAAUUUGAACCAGCUCCAAAACGAGGGGGAUCAGGUGUUGUCUCUUGGUCACCCCCUCAACCCAAUUGGAAUCCUUGGACUAACUGUAACAUUGAUGAAGGUCCUCUAGCAUCGGCAUCAAUGGAGCAGAUAAGCGAAGACUUGUACAACAACUUAGAAAGACAGAAAAAUGAAGAUUCGGUUUUACAAAAGAUGAUGGAAGAGAGAGGAAAAUUACCUGUAUCUAAUACACAUGAUCAUAUAUUACAAGCUAUCAAUAAAUCACCUGUUGUUAUUAUACGAGGUGAAACAGGAUGUGGUAAAACUACACAGAUACCCCAGUUUAUAUUGGAUCAGAUGAUAAAUCAAGGACGUGGAUCAGAUUGUAAUAUAAUUGUCACACAGCCUAGAAGAAUUAGUGCUGUGUCUAUAGCUGAGAGAGUUGCCAGUGAAAGAGCUGAAAAUCUGGGUUUAUCGACUGGCUACAGCGUUAGAUUUGAGACAGUUAUACCCAGACCGUAUGGUUCCAUUAUGUACUGUACUGUUGGAACUUUAUUACGAAGAUUAGAGAAUGGAUUAAGAGGAAUAUCUCAUGUUAUUGUUGAUGAAAUUCAUGAGCGAGAUCUGAAUACUGAUUUCUUAUUGGUGAUGUUACGUGACAUGGUUUUUGCUUUCCCACAACUGAGAGUAGUUCUCAUGUCUGCUACAGUUGAUACAUCUUUGUUUGCCGAAUAUUUCGGUAAUUGUGAUGUUGUGGAGGUUUAUGGUAGAGCUCAUCCAGUUCAAGAUUAUUUCCUAGAAGAUUGUGUUCAGAUGUUGAACUUUGUCCCUCCUCCCCCGGAUAGAAAACGUAAGAAAGGUGGGGGAGGAGAUUCAUCAGAUCUGCCAGAUGAUGGAGAAAAAGAGGAGAAUUGUAAUACACAGAUCAGCAGUGACUAUUCAGCCUCUACAAGAGCUGCCAUGGAAAUGUUAAAUGAAAAAGAAAUGUCUUUUGAACUUAUUGAGGCUUUAUUGAAAUAUAUUAAACAACUGAAUAUUCCUGGUGCUGUGUUGAUUUUCCUGCCAGGAUGGAAUUUAAUCAUGGCAUUACAGAAAUAUCUAGAGAUGAGUCCAGAAUUUGGUCAGAAGAAAUACAGGGUAUUACCCCUACACUCACAGAUUCCACGAGAAGAUCAAAGACGUGUAUUUGACCCUGUACCUCCAGAUGUUACUAAGAUUAUUUUAUCCACUAAUAUAGCUGAAACAAGUGUCACUAUUAAUGAUGUUGUGUAUGUCAUUGAUUCCUGCAAAGCCAAAAUGAAGCUUUUUACAUCCCACAAUAACAUGACAAAUUAUGCUACAGUCUGGGCAUCCAAGACCAACUUGGAACAAAGACGAGGACGUGCAGGUCGUGUUCGACCAGGUUUCUGUUUUCAUCUGUGUAGUAGACCUAGAUAUGAAAAAUUAGAUCAACACACAACCCCAGAGAUAUUCCGUACACCUCUACAUGAGUGUGCUUUAUCUAUUAAACUACUGAGACUUGGUGAGAUUGGAACCUUCCUUGCUAAAGCUGUAGAACCUCCACCAUUAGAUGCUGUUAUUGAAGCACAAGCUAUACUUAGACAAAUGAGAGCAUUAGAUAGUAAUGAUGAAUUAACACCAUUAGGUAGAAUAUUAGCUAGAAUGCCUAUAGAACCCAGACUGGGUAAAAUGAUCAUCUAUGGAUGUAUAUUCUAUGUGGGUGAUGCUAUGUGUACCAUAGCCGCUAGUACAACCUUUCCAGAACCAUUUGUUACUCAGAUGGAUAGACGAAGAUUAGGCUGGGUUCACAAGAAUUUGGCUGGUAGUCGGUCCAGUGAUCAUGUAGCUUUGUUAAAUGCUUUUAACAUGUGGGAAGAGGCCAGAUGUGGAGGUGAAGACAGUGAAAUGUAUUUCUGUGAUCAGAAAUCUCUUUCUAUGACAACAUUACGUAUGACCUGUGAAGCUAAGAAUCAGUUACGUGAUAUUUUAAUUAAUGUUGGUUUCCCUGAAGAUUCUUUGUUAGCUCAACCAUUUAAUUUUACUGGUCCUGAUAAUAGACUUGAUGUUGUGAUAACAUUAUUAGCAAUGGGUCUGUAUCCUAAUGUCUGCUAUCAUAAAGAAAAGAGAAAAGUUUUAACACAAGAAUCUAAAGCUGCUUUAGUCAACAAAUCAUCUGUUAACUGUAGUAAUCAAGAUAUCAAAUUUCCAUCACCCUUCUUUAUUUUUGGAGAAAAGAUAAGAACAAGAGCCGUAUCAUGUAAACAGAUGACAAUGGUUACACCAUUACAGUUGUUAUUAUUUGGUGCUAGAAAUGUUACAUCUCAAAAUGAACUUAUUGUCCUUGAUGGCUGGAUAAAUUUAAAGAUGGAUUUUAAUCUGGCAGCAAAGGUGGUAGCUUUACGACCAGCAUUAGAGGCUUUGAUUGUUCGAGCUACAAAGGAACCCGAGGGAAUCAAUGAACCUGGUGAACAGGAAGAAUCUCUGUUAGGAAUUGUACGGGUAUUAUCCAGGCCCAAUGCUGGUAGAUUUGGUCUUCAAAAUGAGGGCUAUAAUCCAAAUCAGGGCCGUGGGGCGAAAGUACCAAGAAUGGGAGGAUACGGCGACCGAGGAGGAGGUAGUGGAGGAUACGGUGGACGGGGAGGGGGAUUUCGUGGUGGAUAUGGGGGAGGAGGAGGUGGAUACCGAGGAGGGUAUGGGGGUGGUGGAGGGGGUUAUAGAGGCCGUGGAGGAGGUGGUUAUGGGAGUGGGGGCAGAGGGGGUUAUGGGGGAGGGGGUUAUGGGGGUGGGGGUGGAUAUAGAGGAGGGUAUUAGAUUUAUGUGUUGUACUUCUAUCCAUAUCCUUAAAGGGCAUAUUUUAAUUGUUAAAAUUGCAUUUUAUGUCUCUUAGUUUUAGGGUUCUUUGAGUAAGCCAAAAAUUCACAAAAGUUUGGAUAUUUGUUGAUGUAAAUAUUUAAAAAUCAGUUUCCAUGUUCUGAUAUAAAUGUAGUAAAAUGUUACUGUAAAUUGUUUGUAUUUGAUCAUGUCUGUCACACAUUUUACAUUACAAUUCAAAUUUAUAUCAAUAACCUUCAAAGAUCUUAUGAGAAAUAUUAAAAUCAGAAGAAUUUGAUUUUGAAGCACAUGUGGGGGGGGGGGGGGGGUUAGUGGCCAAAUGGUUAGCAUGUGAGCGCUUGAUCAUAAGGCCUGUCAUUGAGUCAACUGACAUGGGUUCGAAUCCCUGGGUCCCCCGGUUUCCUCUACACACAAGCGAAUUAUUGAAAUAAAAUUAAACCAUAUAUUUGUCCCAAAAUGACCUAGUUUGUGUCAAGUGGACAUUAACCCCAUUUCACUCUCUUGUAUCAUGGAAACCAUUGUCAGGAACUUUUACAUUGUAUUCUUAUUAUUUGUGUUGAUGAAAUUAUGAUUAAGAUCACCAUUUCAAAUUGCCCGUCUUCAUUAGCCCAGUUGGAGCAGGACAUUCAACCCUAUUCAUUUCAUUCACCAUUUCAAAUUGUGUUUAAAAACACUACGCGGAUCUGGUUUUCAAUUGAACUUUCUUGAAUUGAAUUUUCUCAAUCCCUCGAAAGAUGUCAUUCUCGUAUAAACACAGGGCAUGUCUUUAAAACUUACGAUGAUUGAUCGGAGCAAAUGUAUGUAGUGUUUUCUUUUUUUUUUUUUUAACAAAAUAUCUUUUUAUUGUAAAUACACAGUAACUUCACCUUAGUGCUGUUUGUUAAGAGAAGGGGAUUGGCAUUGUUCCUGAUCCGUGUUAUAAUUAAACCCUUGUGUAAUAUACAAGGGACUCACUGUAAUGUGGGUGUAGUCAGUGUGCAAUGUACACCUAGAUGACAGUGUAAUUAACGGGUUGAAAAAUUACCUGUCAGUCAAUUUAUAAACUUGUUAUAAAAUUAGAUAUUUCAAAGAAUUUAACCUUAGUUCAUAAGUUUAUCUGUAAAUGUACUGAAUAAUUUUUAUUUUAAAAAAAAAAGGAGAUAAUGCUAAAUAUUGUCAAAUUCUUUGCAAAAUAAUUCAUCCAGAUUUUCCGGCGUGAUUUCCCCUUGUCAGUGAUGCAGGACGGAGGGCCUGACAAGGACAGCUGUCUAGUCGUUCGGAUGGGACGAAAAAUCGAGGUCCCGUGUACACAUUGGCGUGCACGUAAAAGAUCCCUUGGCAGUUGGAAUUCGAUAUAAGAGUAGGCCAUAGUGCCGCUGCCCGGGCAAAAUUUCCCUCAUAGCACACUGUGCGGCGUAUGCCCAUCUUCAUUAGCCCAGUUCAGAGCAGAACAGUAGGACGUUAAACCCCAUUUCAUUUCAUUUCAUUUCAUUUUUGCAAAAUAAUGCUUGCUGAUCUGAUGUCGAAAAUUGAAGUGAAGCCAUGCCAUAAAACCUCGGUGUUAUUGUUAUUAUUCAAAUUAUUGCUUUAUCAUUUUGCUAUGAAAUCAUUUUUUAUAAAAUCAUGUUGAUGGUUGUGUUAUUAAAUAUCGUAGACACAGU